AUGGCAGCCUACGAAGCGACAGUUGCGUCGGCGAGGGCCAAGCGUGAUGAGUCCCUCGCCAAGGUUGACCCCAAAUUGGAGGGGAUCCCAGACGAGCUGCCCCUCAACUCCCAGGGUCUACCCAAGGCCGUCUUGACCGAACGUGAGAUUGAGAUCACGGAAAACUACUCCGUCACAGAGUUGCUCUCUCUUUUGCGAGAGCGAAAGAUCAAGGUGGAAGAAGUCACGAGGGCCUUUUUGCGAAGGGCCGCGUUGGCCCAGGCUGCUACUAACUGUCUUGUGGAACUCAUGUGGGACGAGGCAAUUGCCCGUGCUCAGCACCUCGAUUCUCUACCCGAGCCGAGAGGAAUGCUCUUUGGCCUCCCAAUCUCUACCAAGGAACACCACGGCAUGGUGGGCGAGAAUGUCACCACCAAUGCAUCAUUUGUAGCCUGGAUUGGCAAGCCCCAUGGGUCUAACCUGCUCUAUGACACUCUUUACGAUGAAGGCUGUGUCUUUUAUGCGCGAACCACUCAACCGCAGACGAUUAUGCACCUUGAGACCAUCAGUGUUAUCUAUGGGCGAACCGUCAACCCCUAUAACCGCGACCUGACUUCUGGAGGAAGCAGUGGUGGUGAAUCCGCUCUUUUGGGUAUCCGUGGAAGUAUCUUGGGUGUUGGUGGUGAUAUUGGCGGUAGCAUCCGCUGUCCUGCAGCCCAUGUUGGUGUUUACGGUUUCAAGCCGACUCUCAAGCGCAUCUCAGUCAUGGGUGGACGAGCACCCAUGGCUGGCAAGGAGACCAUCGCCUCAACCCCAGGCCCCAUGACAGUCGACCGUGAAGCUCUUGAGCUGUUCAUGAAGGCUUCCCUGGCAUCCAAGCCUUGGAAGAUUGACCCUUCUCUGACGGUCAAGGAAUGGACCCCAUACACCUUUACGAGGCCUCUCAAGGUCGCCGUUAUGUGGUGGGAUGGUGUUGUGCAGCCUCAUCCCCCCAUGACCCGGGCAUUGACCGAGGUCGCAGAGGCAUGUCGAAAGGCGGGCAUGGAAGUUGUGGAUUGGGAUGCCGUGCCUCUUUUCCAUGACAAGGCCUGGGAUAUCAUCUCUGAGUUGUACUGGCCUGACGGUGGUGAGGAGGCUCUCAAGACUAUGGAGGCUAGUGGAGAGCCUGUUCUGCCUUUGACAAAGUUCAUCAUCCAAGAGCAGCCCAAGGUUAAGAACCAUACUCAACAUGAGCUUUGGAAGCUUUGCACUGAGCGAGAGGACUACCGCGCUGCAUACGCCCGCGCCUGGACAAACACAGGCAAAGACGGACAAGAAGUCGAUGUUAUCCUCUGCCCUCCCUCAUUCGGAGCCGCUACACCCCACGACCAGUCACGCUACUGGGGAUACACGGCUCAAUGGAACCUCCUCGAUUACCCAGCAGCAGUCUUCCCAGUUACGACUGUCGAUCCUACCAAGGAUAUCAAGAACACCAGCUACGUGCCCAAGAACGACCAAGACAAGUUUGUGUACGACAUGUAUAGCCCGGAGAAGUACAAGGAUGCUCCUGUCAGUUUGCAAAUUGUCGGCCGACGACAGUAUGACGAGAAGGUUCUUGCUGCGCUGAAGGAGAUUGAACACGCUAUGGGUAGAAACUAG